AUGGCCCCGCAACAAUCGACGACGACGUACGAGGACGAGCCCGCCGAGAUGACGGUCGGGAUCAUCGGCGGCUCGAGCCUCUUCCACUCGAAGCGCUUCUCGGGCAUGGACCAGAUCACGGUCCCGACCGAGUAUGGCCCUGUACUGGCAUACAAGGGUCGCUGGGGCACGUCGAGCACGGACAUCGUCUUCAUCCAGCGCCACCACGCUGAUGGCGACAAGCCGUCCGACUACAAGCAGCCUCGCAACAUCAACUACCAUGCGAUCGUGACGGCGCUCAAGGAGCUCAACUGCGACUGCAUCAUUGGCGUCUACUCGGUCGGCUCGAUGACGACCGCGAUCCCGAUUGGCAGCAUGGCGAUUCCUAAUGACUACUUUAACCCGUUCGACAUCAUCAACAUCUCGUCGCACUACGAAGCGCACAUCGUGCCCUGUAUCUCUGAGCCGCUGCGCAAGUACUUUCUCGAAGUGCUUCGCGCCGAGGGUCUCAAUCCGCACGACGGUGGCGUCUACGUGCAAACGGCAGGCCCUCGCUUCGAGACGAAGGCCGAGAUCCGCUUCUUUGCUCAGUUUGGGGAACUCGUGGGCAUGACGGGGUGCCACGAAGCCGGCCUCGCGAACGAGCUCCAAGUCCCGUUUGCGAUGGUGUCGAUCGUCGACAACAUGGCGCACGGUAUCGGCGAGCAGCUUACGUUGGAGCAAUUCAAGAUCGCGCAAAAGGCCAACUGCGCGACGAUGGAGCGCUCGGUCGUCAAGAUCCUCGACAACAUUUCCCGGAUCGUGCUCGAAGAAGACUUGGUCGGCGAUGACGAGGACAAGACCGCUGCCGAGGCAGCGUGCUGA